AUGAACGUUCGACUCAUUUUCUUCGUGACGAGCUGGCUGCAGCUCGUCGAGACAUCGCUGAGCUGCGUGAACAGGUCGCUCCCGCUAGUAGACCAGACUGGCUCGUUGAAACGGGACCACUCGAGGGUGGUCUUGGCUCUCGACCGCGGAGGUGUUCUUCGCAUCUCGAAACGGGCUCGUAAUGAUAGUACGGGCGGAGACGACCGACGUCAAACGUAG